AUGUCGUCCGAGAUCCCUGUUGAUCCUCCCUCCCGCUCACUCAAAGGCAAGGUCGCCAUCGUGACAGGCGCCGGCUGCUUUGGAGACGGCAUCGGGAACGGUCGAGCAAUCUCCAUCAUGCUGGCAGAUGAGGGGUGCAGCGUGAUAUGCCUCGAUAUGAACCUGGCAUGGGCGACUAAAACAGCGGACAUGGCUAAUCAAAGAUCUGGCCAAAGGACUGCCAUUCCAGCCCAAGGCGAUGUCACCGUCUCGGCUGACUGUGAAAAAGCCGUGGCAUUGGCGCUGGAGAAGCUGGGUCGGUUGGACAUUCUGGUCAACAACGUCGGCAUAGCAGGGCCAUCGGGGACGGCUGUCGAUGUGGACAUGGCUGGCUGGGCUGUAGGCCUUGACGUCAAUGUGUCGAGCAUGGUUUUCAUGGCAAAGCAUGCAAUUCCCGCCAUGCUCAAAAAUCAUGGCGAAAUCAAAGGGUCGAUAGUCAAUAUGGGGAGUGUGGCCGGGUUGAAAGGAGGAACACCACAUCUCCUCUAUCCGACUGCCAAGGGCGCCGUCGUCAACAUGACCCGAGCAAUGGCCGCACAUCAUGCCAAAGAGGGCAUUAGAGUCAACUGUGUUUGCCCUGGAAUGCUUUACACCCCGAUGAUGUACGCAAAAGGAAUGACGGAUGAGGCCAGGGAGGCCAGAAAAGCGCGGAGCCUGCUUGGAACCGAGGGGACAGGGUGGGAUGCAGCCUGCGCUGUUGUGUUCUUGGCAAGCAACCAUGCCAGAUGGAUCACAGGAGCCAUAUUGCCAGUAGAUGCUGGUACUACCGCAGCAGUUGGAACCAGUCUACCAGCAAGUGCGAGUGUCAAUGGAUGA